CUUGACCGCGGCCGGAGCUCUUGGUGUCUCAGCGCGAGCUCUUGGUGUCCGGCCGCCGUGGCCAUGUUCGUGUCCGAUUUCCGCAAGGAGUUCUACGAGGUGGUCCAGAGCCAGAGGGUUCUUCUCUUCGUGGCUUCGGACGUGGACGCCCUGUGUGCUUGCAAGAUCCUUCAGGCCCUGUUCCAGUGUGACCACGUGCAAUAUACACUGGUUCCAGUUUCUGGGUGGCAAGAACUUGAAACUGCAUUUCUUGAGCAUAAAGAACAGUUUCGUUCUUUUGUCCUCAUAAACUGUGGAGCUAACGUAGACCUAUUGGAUAUCCUUCAGCCCGAUGAAGAUGCCAUAUUUUUUGUGUGCGACACCCACAGGCCAGUCAAUGUCGUGAAUGUAUACAAUGAUACCCAGAUCAAGCUACUCAUUAAACAAGAUGACGACCUUGAAAUUCCCGCCUACGAUGACAUCUUUAGGGAUGAGGAGGAGGAUGAAGAGCACUCGGCUAAUGAAAGCGACAAAGGAUCAGAGCCCUCCGAGAAGCGGACACGGUUAGAAGAGGAAAUAGUGGAGCAAACCAUGAAGAGGAGGCAACGAAGGGAGUGGGAGGCCCGGAGAAGAGACAUCCUCUUUGACUAUGAGCAGUAUGAAUAUCACGGGACGUCGUCAGCCAUGGUGAUGUUCGACCUGGCGUGGAUGAUGUCCAAGGACCUGAAUGACAUGCUGUGGUGGGCCAUUGUUGGACUAACGGACCAAUGGGUACAAGACAAGAUCACCCAGAUGAAGUACGUGACUGACGUUGGUGUCCUACAGCGCCACGUGUCCCGACACAACCACCGGAACGAGGAUGAGGAGAACGCCCUCUCCGUCGACUGCACACGGAUCUCCUUUGAGUACGACCUCCGCCUGGCGCUCUACCAGCACUGGUCCCUCCAUGAGAGCCUGUGCAACACAUGCUACACUGCGGCCAGGUUCAAGCUGUGGUCGGUGCACGGGCAGAAGCGGCUCCAGGAGUUCCUCGCGGACAUGGGUCUCCCCCUGAAACAGGUGAAGCAGAAGUUUCAGUCCAUGGACAUCUCUUUGAAGGAGAAUUUGCGGGAGAUGAUUGAAGAGUCUGCAAAUAAAUUUGGGAUGAGGGACAUGCGAGUACAGACUUUCAGCAUUCAUUUUGGCUUCAAGCACAAGUUCCUGGCCAGUGAUGUGGUCUUUGCAACCAUGUCGCUAAUGGAGAGCCCCGAGAAGGACAGCUCAGGAACAGAUAACUUCAUCCAGGCUCUGGACAGCCUCUCUAGGAGUAACCUGGACAAGCUGUACCAUGGCCUGGAACUCGCCAAGAAGCAGCUGCGAGCCACGCAGCAGACCAUCGCCAGUUGCCUCUGCACCAACCUCGUCAUCUCCCAAGGGCCCUUCCUCUACUGCUCCCUCAUGGAGGGCACUCCGGACCUGGUGUUGUUCUCCAAGCCAGCAUCCCUGAGCCUGCUCAGCAGACACCUGCUCAAAUCGUUUGUGUGCUCGACAAAGAACCGGCGCUGCAAGUUGCUGCCCUUGGUGAUGGCUGCCCCCCUGAGCGUGGAACAGGGCACAGUGACUAUGGUGGGCAUUCCCCCAGAGACCGACAGCUCGGACAGAAAGAACUUUUUUGGGCGAGCGUUUGAGAAGGCAGCGGAGGGCACUAAUUCCCGGACACUGCACAACCAUUUCGACCUCUCAGUAAUUGAGCUGAAAGCAGAAGAUCGGAGCAAAUUUCUGGAUGCACUUGUUUCCCUCCUGUCCUGAGGGUGAGUUGGGGGUGCUGGUGUUCACUGGGGCCCUUGGAGGCGGCAGGCAGCGACCCUGUUGAAGUGUACAGAGGGCCCCUCCCGCCUCCCCGUUUUGGUUUCCCUGCUUCUUUCCUUCUCAAGCCAGGCUUCUACUUGGGUUUCAGAGCUCCUGGGAACAGAACUCCUGAGGAGAUUUGGGGCUAACACAUUUUUCCCAAGGAUGUCUGUCCCUGGCCUGGUGGCAGUGCCACAAUGGAGCGUUGUUGAGGGAGCUAAUUUCAUUAGGCUCCUGGGAUCCCUUCAGAAAGAACUGGCAUUUACCCUCUCCUGACCACACCACGGACUGGGUGUCAGUGACUCGUACGCCUGGCUCUGCUGGGAAGGAGGGCACCCCUAGGGGGCCACCUGGAGCCUUGCUACCUCUUGCAGCCUCAUGUCAGGCUCUGGGCUGGGGCCCGCAGAGGCGUUUAUCCCGGCUCUCGUGCGCUUGACUUUUGAGAGAUGAAAGCUGUUGGCAGCCACUCAGCUGAGAAUCACAAAAUGUCUGCUCUGUGUAAGCCUGCGCCAGCAUGCAGUCACUAACAGUCCACUGUGAGCUCAACAGCCGGGGCUCUCCCCUGUGCCCCACA